CUGAGAGAAACACGUGUGUGGGUGAGAUCAAAACACUUGAGAGAGUGAGGUAUUUUUAUCUAAAGUUUUGUGUUUAAGAAAUUUCAGGAACCAUGGGAAGUGAAGACGAAAGGAGCCGACCCGGAAACUCAGUGGCCGGUUUAUCUAACUUGCAGAUGCGAGCCUUGAAUGAUUCUUUUACUAACCUUAUGAAUGCAGGUCUUGAGCAGAUCCAUCUAAGGCUAGAUGAGAUCCAGAACAGUCAACAGCCGCGUCCUCGAACCAGAGCCAGAAGAGAUCGCCCAAGGAGGCCAAACCGGUCUGAUGAUGAGAUCCGAGAGGAGGACUCUCAUGAGGACGAGGACCGAUCCAUAAACCGACCUAGGAGGGGUCACAAAAACCAGGAACCAGGUGAUGUCAAUCCUUUUGCUACAAAUGAACGUGCUAAUGAUAGCUUAAGUGGAUUGAAACUAAAAAUCCCACCUUUUGAGGGUAAAAAUGAUCCUGAUGUUUUUCUUGAAUGGGAAAGAAAAAUUGAACAUGUCUUUGAUUGUCAAAACUUUUCUGAACUUAAGAAAGUUAGACUAGCUGUUACUGAAUUUUCUGGCUAUGCUAUUAAUUGGUAUGAUCAAGUUGUGACCCACAGGAGGAGAACAGGUGAGAGACCGAUUGAGACAUGGGAUGAGUUUUCCAUGCUGAUGAGGAGACGAUUUGUUCCUGCUCAUUAUCACCGAGAUCUCCACCAGAAACUCCGACGCUUACUUCAAGGCACUAAGUCCGUGGAAGACUACCACCAGGAGAUGGAAACUUUGAUGAUCAAGGCCGAUGUAGACGAGCCCGUGGACGCCACUAUGGCUAGGUUCCUUUCUGGCCUUAACCGAGACAUCCAAGAUCGCAUGGAGCUUCAAGAGUAUGGAACCGUGGAGCAAAUGUUGCACAAAGCCAUCCUGAUCGAACAACAGGUCAAAAGAAAGAGCUACUCAAAGCCGGCCUUUGCUCUUAAACCAUCAUUUACUCCUAAGCCAAGUUAUCAAGACAAAGGUAAGUCUUCUGCCACAACAAAUACAGCUUUAAAGACUGAUGCUCCUGCUCGUGUUGACAAAGGAAAAGCUAUUGAGAAUCCUAGCCGUGCAAGAGACAUCAGAUGCUUCAAGUGUCAAGGCCUAGGACACUAUGCCAACAAAUGUCCGAACCAAAGAGUAAUGAUUCUCAUGGAAAAUGGAGAGGUUGAGUCCGAGGACGAGCAAGAGAACAAGGAGGAUCUUGGUCCUACCUUUGAUGAGGAAGAGAAGUCCUUUGACUACCCACAUCAUGGACCAUUACUUGUUGCGAGGAAGGCUUGGAACGGUCCCAUCUUCGAUGCGACGGACAGUCAUGCUAACGGCCACACGGACGACGACCUUGGCCCGGUCUUCGACAUUGAUUCUGAGCCGAUCUUUGAUAAGGAGGAUUGCUUUGAAUAUCCAGCUCACGGACCACUACUGGUUACUAGACGUUCCUUGAGUGUUCAGCCCAAAACCAAUGAAAAAGAACAAAGGGAGAAUCUCUUUCAUUCUCGUUGUUUAAUCUCUGAAAAAGUUUGUUCUUUGAUCAUUGAUGGUGGGAGUUGUACUAAUGUUGCUAGUGAUACUCUUGUCAGGAAGCUAGGGCUAGCUACUCGACCUAUUUCACGUCCUUUCAGGUUGGAAUGGCUCAAUGAAACCGGUGAACAGUAUGUCAACGAACAGGUCACGAUCCCUCUUACCAUUGGACGAUAUGAGGAUGAAGUUGUUUGCAACGUUCUUCCUAUGGACGCUUGUCACAUCCUUCUAGGCCGUCCAUGGCAGUUUGAUAAGAAAGCAGUGCAUGAUGGCUUCACAAACCGACACUCCUUUGACCACAAAGGAAAGAAGAUCACGCUGGUGCCCUUGUCUCCAUUAGAGGUUCACCAAGAUCAGGUUCAACUCAAGAAGAGCCGUGACCAGGAACCUAAGCCGGACGAGCCUGAGUCAUCUCAACGAAACUCCAACUUCGUCAUAAAACAAAGUCAGGUUAAGAGGUCUCUUUACUCCCAAAUAUUCCGCCUUUUAAGGCGUAUCACUUAG